AUGCUAAAGCUGAGAACAGAAGGAACAAAAUUUUUUUCGAACGCGAUAAUGCGGUUCGCUGAAAUUUACAUAUUCAUGUCGGUCUUAUACACAUUAAACUAUUUUUACAUCAAAUAUUCCAGCGAUGAAUCAAGCGAUGACAUAAUGCCCAGAAAUGAACCGGGACUAGGACUUCAAACUUCUUCGUCGUGGGGACAAGAUCGAAUAUCUUGGAAAUCUAGCGGGGGCGUUUACGAUUCCAUGACUGAAGAGUUUUUCUUGUCCAAGGUUUUUUCUGAAUCGAUGCAACCCACCCAUGUAAUUCCAUAUUACUUCAGGGCUGAAACCACUCCAGACGAGGAAGAUAUUACCAUUACUACGUUAAUCACAUCGAAUC